GUCAGAUGCCUGGAGCAGAUCUGUAUGGGGUCUCUAUGCGGGCACCAAACAGAUCAAAGAAUGGUCAUUCGCUAUAUCCGGUCAGUCAGGAUGCAAAUGCUCUGUAUAUAAGACCGAAGAAGAAGGAAAGAGCUGGACCACAAGAAGUCACCUCUCGCACAAGUCUAAACCAAGCUUCCUCCUCAUCUUACGUGGCUCAACCAGCCUUGCUACCGCUUGACAUACAAUAUCACAACCAUGGGUGACCCAGGAAUGACCAACCCCAAGCUGAAGACUCAGCUCUGGGAGUACGGCCGUCGCAGGAGAACAGAUGGCCCCUAUGCGGAUAACUUGGAGGUCGAUGCCCUCGUCGUCGGUGGCGGCUUCGGUGGGGUGUUCUGCUUCUGGUCCCUUCGCAAGGAAGGGUUGAAGACUGUUAUCUACGAGGCUGGCACCGACCUCGGCGGCACUUGGCGAUGGAACUGCUACCCCGGGGCAAUGGUCGACUCCGAGGUCCCGGAAUACCAGUUGUCAAUCCCGGAAACGUGGAAAACGUACAACUGGCCAUCUAACUAUCCAACUUAUAAGGAACUUCGUGAUUACUUUGAUCACUGCGACAAGGUUCUCGACAUCAAGAGCCAGACGGCCUUCGAAAGUGUUGUCGUCGAAGCCAAAUUCAACACAGAUGAAGGACGCUGGUAUGUCAAGACGGCGGACGGCCGGACAGCCAAGGCAAAAUACCUCGUCGUCGCGGCUGGCUUUGCUGCUAAGCGAUACGUCCCUGACUGGCCUGGUAUCGAAAAGUUCAAGGGCACUGUUCAUCACUCGUCCUUCUGGCCCGAUGAAGAGAUUCCCGUUCAGGGCAAGAAGUGUGCUAUCAUCGGCACCGGUGCCUCGGGUGUCCAAAUCACUCAAGCAUGGGGCCCGAAAGCAGGUGAGCUUAAGGUCUUCCAACGAACACCCAACUUGACGGUGCCUAUGCGCCUUCGCGCCCUCACGGCGGAAGAGCAGUGGGCCGGCAAGAAGUGGUAUCCGGAGCUCUUUGACCUUCGUGAACGAUGCUUUGGCGGUUUCUUGUAUGACUUCUCCGAGAAAGGGUUGUUCGAAGAUACUCCCGAAGAGCGUGAAAGAUUCUUCGAGAAGCUGUGGUCUGACGGCGGCUUCCGCUACUGGCUUGGAAACUACAAGGACUACCUCUUUGACCCCAAGGCCAACCGCGCGGUCUAUGACUUCUGGGCCAAGAAACAACGCGCUCGACUGAACGAUGCAAAGAAACGGGAUAUUCUCACCCCCGUCGAGCCACCGCACCCAUGGGGUGUCAAGCGCCCAUGCCUGGAGUACUCCUACCUCGAGCAAUUCAACCGCCCCAACGUCGACGUCGUCAAUAUCAAGAACAACCCCAUCGUCGCCUUUGAUGAGAAAGGCAUCGUCCUCCAGGACGGCACCCACCACGACUUCGACAUCAUCUGCAUUGCCACCGGUUUCGAUAUCACCACCGGCGGCAUGACAGCCAUGGGCCUGCACAACAUCAACGGCCAGACCCUCGACAAGGAGUGGAAGAAGGCGGCCGUGACGUACCUCGGCACCACCGUGCCGGGCUAUCCCAACAUGUUCCAUCUCUACGGCCCCCACGGCCCCACGCUGUUGUCCAACGGCCCGACAUCGGUCGAGAUCCAGGGCCGGUGGAUCACGGACGCCAUCACCCAGAUGGAGCGCCAGGGAAUCAAGUACAUCAACCCGACCGACGUGGCCAGCAUGCAGUGGAAGCAGAAGAUCAACGAGUUGAGCGACAAGUCCCUGUUCCCAACCACCAAGAGCACGUACAUGGGUGGCAGCAUGCCAGGCAAGGCAUUCGAGCAGGUGAACUACGCGGGUGGCAUGUACAACUACCAUCACGACAUCAGAAAGGUCCUGCCCAACUUUGAGGGAUUCCAAGUCGUGAAGAGAUGAACGCCGGAGCCCUGUUGGGACGUGUAACGGCAGGACCGUAAAUUGGGACGCCGAGCAAAAGCGAUAGCUAUUGGCCUCGCCUUCUCACGAGGAUUUAAAUAAGGAAAGAGAAGUGAAAUAUGCACGAAUCCCAUUUUGACACAUGG